UGUUUGGGAUUAUAGUAAUUUAAAAGUCAAAGGUUAAAUAUGAAUUUGUUUACUAAUAGUAAUUGUUGUGUUGCACCAAAAAAAAGUAAUUGUUGUGAGCUUAUAAAUAGCAUAUUUUUUUAGCAAUAGGAUAGUUGACGAAAAACACUCCAUUUCUUUCGAGGUUGUGCAAUUGAGUUCUCGUUGUUGUUCGUUUUUUAACCAAGUAACAAGUCCACAACUAGUAAUUUGGAGCUACCUUCAAUUCCCCAGAAAUUAAAAAAUGGUUAGCAAAAGAGAUGAAGAAUCCCAGAAAAGACAUGGUGUUUUAUCGCCUGUUAGUUACCAAUUUCCAUACGAUAGUGAAGAGUUUGACGAUGAUGGCAAGCCUCGACGAACAGGGACUGUAUGGACAGCAAGUGCACAUAUAAUAACAGCAAUUAUAGGUUCUGGAGUUCUUUCCUUAGCAUGGGCCACGGCGCAGCUGGGAUGGCUAGGAGGAAUAUCAACUCUUUUAAUAUUUUCCGGCAUCAUGCUUUACACUUCCAACCUCCUUGCAGAUUGUUACCGGACUCCUGAUCCGGUCACCGGGAAGAGAAAUUACACAUACAUGGAUGAGGUCCAAGCCAAUCUAGGUAGGUUCAGUUGCAUUGCUUGUGGGAUACUACAAUACGCCAAUCUAACUGGUUUUGUAGUUGGUUACACAAUCACUGCACCAAAGAGCAUGGUGGCGGUCCAAAAAUCGAAUUGCUUCCAUAAAAAAGGACAUAUGGCAUCUUGCAUGUUUAGCAAUAACCCUUACAUGAUAGGUUUUGGUGUCUGUGAGAUAUUUCUGUCUCAAAUACCAAACUUCCAUGAGCUAACAUGGCUGUCAACUAUUGCUGCAAUCAUGUCUUUCGCGUAUUCUACAAUCGGUAUAGGACUUGCACUCUAUAGGAUUCUCUCUGGGAAUGGAGGGAGGACAACAUUAACAGGAGUAGAGAUAGGAAUGGGUAUAUCUGCUGCUGAGAAAACAUGGAGGAUGUUAAGAGCAAUUGGAGACAUUGCAUUUGCUUAUGGUUUUUCUCAAAUCCUAGUUGACAUACAGGAUACGUUGAAGUCGCAUCCAGCAGAGAAUAAGGUGAUGAAGAAGGCAAACGCAAUAUCAAUGUUAACAACCACAGUAUUCUACAUGAUGUGUGGUUGCUUAGGCUAUGCUGCAUUUGGGAAUGAUGCACCUGGCAACAUGUUGACUGGCUUUGGAUUUUAUGAGCCUUUCUGGUUGAUAGACUUGGCCAACAUCUUCAUUGUCAUUCACAUUGUCGGAGCAUAUCAGGUACUUGCUCAACCCGUCUACAAAAAGAUCGAAUCAUUAGCCACCGGAAAAUGGCCCAACUCAUUUUUUGUCAAGGCAGAGUACCCCAUAAGAUUAGGCAGUAAAUUAGUGUUUAGCUUAAAUCCACUGAGGCUAACUGGAAGAACUAUCUAUGUGGUAUUAGUAACCAUAUUGUCAAUGGCAUUGCCCUUCUUCAACGACGUAAUUGCACUUCUAGGAGCGCUCGGGUUUUGGCCGUUAGCCGUGUAUUUCCCAAUCCAAAUGCAUAUUGCUCAAAACAAGAUCAAACCACGAUCAUUCAAGUGGUUCUUGCUGCAACUUCUCAACGUCCUUUGUUUUCUGGUUUCGUUGGCGGCAGCAGCUGCUUCUAUCCAAGGCAUUGGUGAAGCUCUUCGUACUUCCAAGCCCUUUCAGUUCAAAGAAUAGUCACAUUUUUGUAUGACAAAAGUAAGGCAAUUGCGCAAUACUUUUAGUAUAAUUUGUAUUUGAGGUCAUUAUGUUGUAUGCUUAGAACCAACCCAAGUAUAUGAGAUAAAGAAAUGAGUUAUACCCA